CAUGGUUUUGAGAAUGGUUCUGCUAUAAGAGUUGUAUGAGAAUAGGUCUAUAUUGUUUUUGCCAGUUUUCAACAAUUUUCCUAUUAUAUUUGUGUACUAAUUAUUAAAUAGACAUAAAUUAUGUCAUCUCAAGUAAACUCUCUAGGAAUUACGUAUAGAAGGUCAAUUCACCCAAAUAAUUCAGAUGAGUUUAAUGAUUCGGAAGAUAUCGAUGGGCAAAUGUAUACAGUUGAAGAAGAACAUGAUGAUAGUUCAAACACAAGCAAUGAGCUAUUAUCAAAAUUGGUUCCGGAAAGUUUCAAAGGCAUAAAGGAAAAAGAUUAUGUUGAUAAACCAUCUACCAAAUGUUUAUGGAUAGCCUUGUUAUUGGUAGUUUUAUUAGUUGCCGUCAUAUGUGUAAGUAAUAAAGAAAAGACAUGUUCAUUUGAAAUGCUGCACCAAAAGUAUAAAAACCAGCAUUCCAAAAUAUGGCAUACUCUAUCUAGUGGUGUUGAAAAUAUUUUAAGAGACCGCACAAAAAGUCCCUUUGUAAAUCUUUUUGUACACAAUGAUAACAGGAAAUUGAAAAGCAUAGUUGGGGAAAUUGCUAAAGAGACUUCCCAAUGUUUUGGUGGUCAGUUAAUUGAGAUGAGCGAAUUAGAUUUCACAUCCCCGAGAGCAAUGGAAGACUACGGAUAUGCUAUAUUAAAGUUUAAAGAAAAAAUUCAAAAAGGGCGCGUUGCUCUUAUCAUUAACUUGAAUGCCAUUCCCGCAGAAGCAGCUCCUGCUUUGCACACUAUAUGUGAUACACAUAGUCCGGUUGCUGAAAAUAUAGUUAUCUACCUAACUUUGGUUAUACCGUCAACAGUUGGGAACGAAGUAAAUAUUGCUCGAGAUACUCUAACAAAUCUCUGGGGUUCAAAACUGAAGAAUAACGUACUUGAACCCUUAAUAACUCGCGUCACGGAUCAAAUUUUAACGUUAAAUUAGUCCCAUUAAUAGCUGGAAAUAUUGUAUUACAAAUGUUUAAAUUGAAAAUAUACACCUCGUUUACAUUGA